UGAUUUUUCUAUACUUUCUAGAGGGGGCGAGUAUGCGGAGAAUCAAAGUGACUAUUUUCUAGAGCUCUUAAUAUUUCUUCACUCCUCGAAAAGCUUCUUCUACAGAGAGUCGAGAGAGAGGGUUACAGAAGCUUUGAUUCUUAAUAUGGCUUUUUUACAAUUUCUUGUGGGAUUUUUUAUCUUAUUUAAUCCAAUCUAUAAUGUUGGAGCUUCGAUCCAUGAGUACAGAAAUGAAGCUUUCGCUCCUCGUUCGAAUUCCUUCUUCUUCCAUGGUGGUAGCGAGGGGCUUUACGCAACCAGGGUUCCUGUCAAAGCGGAUUCUGAAGAAAAUUCUUACAAUGGCAAGUCUUUCAUUCAGUUUGGAUCUGUCAUAUUCCGGAGGACAAAAGAGUCCACAGCUAAGCAGAAUGACAUGCAAAAAAAUACUGGUUUGGUGGAAGCCAUAAUUGUUGAGGUCAAAGAUAGGGAGAGGAUUGGGGGUUUCUAUAAAAACUCUGAUGAAAUAUGUUGCACUCCAGACCUUGCGAAGGACGGAUCUUGCACAGCAGGAGAAGUAAUUAUCCGCGAAAACCCGGGUAAUCCUGGCUGGCCAAAACGCAUUCAGACUUUCUUUAAUGGGAAAAAUGAAGAAGCUAAAAUGGCACCUGAAACUAUUGAAAUAAACAGUACUGGGAUGUACUAUCUAUAUUUUAUGUUUUGUGACCCACAACUCAAGGGUACUGUAAUCAGAGGAAGAACUGUCUGGAGAAACCCGGGAGGUUAUUUGCCUGGAAAGAUGACACCUUUGAUGACAUUCUAUGGCGUCAUGUCUUUAGCUUACCUAGUACUCGGUCUUCUCUGGUUUCUGCAGUUUAUGCGUUUUUGGAGAGAUAUAAUACAGUUGCACUACCACAUUACAGCAGUAAUUGCUCUUGGCAUGUGUGAAAUGGCACUCUGGUAUUUUGAAUAUGCAAAUUUUAAUGUUACUGGGCACAGACCUAUGGGCAUUACGAUAUGGGCAGUAACAUUCACUGCUGUCAAAAAGACCAUAUCUCGCCUUCUUCUUUUAGUGGUUUCGAUGGGAUAUGGUGUGGUGCGGCCAACCCUUGGUGGUAUAACAUCCAAAGUCCUUCUUCUUGGUUUGGUAUAUUUCAUGGCUUCAGAGGCCCUUGAGCUUGUGGAAAAUUUGGGAAAUAUCAAUGACUUUUCUGGAAAAGCCAAACUGUUUCUUGUGCUGCCUGUUGCUGUAUUGGAUGCCUGCUUUAUUCUUUGGAUCUUCUCAUCAUUAUCUAAGACUCUAGAGAAGCUUCAGAUGCGGAGAAUCAUGGCCAAACUUGAACUUUACCGUAAAUUUACCAACUCUCUUGCAAUAUCAGUGUUGCUCUCCGUCGCUUGGGUUGGCUAUGAGCUGUACUUCAAUGCCAGUGAUCCUUUGAGCGAGCUCUGGCGAAAAGCUUGGAUCAUCCCUGCUUUCUGGAUACUUCUUGCAUACAUUCUUCUGGUGGUGAUUUGCAUACUCUGGGCUCCUUCACAUAACCCUACUAGAUAUGCAUACUCAGAGGAAACAGGGGAUGGUUUUGAUGAGGAGGGUAUAUCGCUGGUAAGCAGUGGGGUGAAGACAGCCGGGGAUGUGGACCAUGUGUUUGGGCUAGGAGAAGAUCUUGAGGAGGACAAGAGAGAAUGAGGAUACUUACUAUGCUCUUCAUUGUUAACCACUUGUGUAAUAGGUACGAAGGAGACAUCAUUAGAAAGAAGGGGGGAAAAAAAAAUCAACACUGAACCCAACAGAGAAAAAAGGGAGGGAUAGGCUUAAACGGAGUAAAAUAGUGUAGAGAUCUCACUGUGCUAAAUGAUUGUCUCCAACACAGAAGCAGAAAAAUCAGUUGUCAUGAGAUCUUCAUGCUUUUGUCAGUUAGAUGUGGAGGAAAAUUGUUGUUUAGAUGUUUUUGGGUAUUGUAUAGUGGGAUGGUUGUAUCAAAUAACAAACUACAUUUCCAUUAAAGCUCAAACUGGUGUUUUGGUGUGCAA